AUCACCUAAAGAUGCAGUGGGCAUUUAUUGAUGUUCGUUUUGUAUUUCUGUUAAAUAUGCUGUAUAUCUUUACCUAACUUAAAAUUUCUUAAGUUUUAUGGUAUUAAAAAUUAAUUUAUUGGUCAAUUAAAAUUAUUAUGUCACUAAUAGGAAGGAGUAUAAUAGAUGCAACCAAAAAGACUUCAUAUUUUAUUACCACUCCAAUAUUUUAUGUAAAUGCUAAUCCUCACAUUGGACAUCUUUACAGUGCUUUAAUUGCUGAUGCUUCUGCCAGAUUUCAAAAACUACUAAACCCUAACAUAAAUAUUAUUUUCAGUACUGGCACUGAUGAACAUGGGUUAAAAGUACAAAAAUCUGCCGAACUUAGUAAACUGUCUGUAGAUAACUAUUGUACAAAAAUUUCUAGUAGUUAUCAAACCACAUUUAAUAAAUUUGAUAUCAGCUAUACAUCAUUUAUUCGAACAACAUCAGAUAAUCAUAAAAUGUGUGUAUGCCACUUUUGGAAUAAAAUAAAACCACAUAUAAAAAAAGGAAAAUAUUCUGGUUGGUAUUGUACAGCUGAUGAGACAUUUUUGUCUGAAGAUCAAAUAGAAGUAGUUAACAAUGUACGUGUUAGUAAAGAAUCAGGACGACCUGUUGAAUGGGCAGAAGAGGAAAAUUAUAAAUUUGAUUUACGGCCUUUCAAAAAUGAUCUGCAAAAUUGGUUGAGUAAACCUGACAGAAUUAAACCAAAAUUAUUUCAAGAAAUAUUGAUCAGGGAAGUUAAUGAUUUGUAUGAAAUAUCACUGUCAAGACCUCAAAGUCGUGUUAGUUGGGGUAUUCCAGUUCCUGAAGAUGAUGCGCAAACAGUAUAUGUGUGGUUAGAUGCUUUAGUAAAUUACUUAACAGUUUCUGGUUAUCCAAAUAACACAGAUAGUUGGCCUCCAAGUGUACAAAUAUGUGGUAAAGAUAUUUUAAAAUUUCAUGGAAUAUUUUGGCCAGUAUUUUUAAUGGCUGCUGGGUUACAAUUGCCAAAACAAAUUUUUGUACAUUCUCAUUGGAAAGUUAAUGAUGAAAAAAUGUCUAAAACAAAAGGAAAUGUGAUAGAUCCAUUAAACGCUGGUAAUCAAUAUACUGAGUCUGGUUUAAGAUACUUUUUACUCAGAGAAGGUACUGCUCACAGUGAUGGUAACUAUAGUGACAUGAAAAUUAAAAGAAUAUUAAAUGCUGAAUUAGCAGACACAUUGGGUAACCUAUUAAAUCGUUGUUGUGGAAAAGCCAUUAAUCCAAACCUUAGUUACCCAAAACUAAAUGCAGCAUCUAUUAAAAGCCUAUCAACUGAUCCAUAUUUUAUUGAUUUAGACCUAAAACUUAAAGGCCUUUCUGAUAUUGUUGGAAAUCAUUAUGAAGAAUUAAACUUUUAUAAAGGUAUAGAUGAAAUAAUAGCCACAUUACAUUGUUGCAAUCGAUUUUUUGAAUACAAUAAGCCAUGGCACUUAGCUAAACAUGAUGUUCCAAAAUUGGUAUGUGUACUGCAUGUAACUCUGGAAACUUUAAGACUUUCAGCAUUGGCUUUGCAACCCAUUGUGCCUGUAUUAGCUGAUAAGUUAUUAAACAAAUUGAACGUUAAUAAUAGGAAUUGGAAUCAAAUAAUACCCAGCUGGAAAGAUGGAAAUACAUUUGUUGAUCCCAUUAAUUUAAAAAAAGAAAAUAUUGUAUUGUUCAAAAAGUUAUUAGUAAAUUAAUUAAAAAGUGUUAUUUUA